GCGUGUCAAGCAUCUCAGGCGGCAGGCAUACGCAAACAUGUCUGAUACAGAGGCAGACAAGGCUCAGGAGCUUCGCAAGCGACGAACGUUCAGAAAGUUCACCUACCGAGGUGUCGAGCUCGAGGGACUGCUCGAUCUCAGCAAUGAACAACUCAUGGAGCUCGUCCACGCUCGCGCUCGCCGUCGUUUCCAGCGAGGCCUCAAGCGCAAGCCGACUGCGCUAAUCAAGAAGCUGCGCAAGGCCAAGAAGGAGGCAGCGCCGGGCGAGAAGCCAGCAGUCGUGAAGACGCAUUGCCGCAACUUGCCUAUCAUCCCAGAGAUGGUCGGUUCACAGGUCGCCAUUUACAACGGCAAGACCUUCAACACCAUCGAGAUCCGAGCGGACAUGGUCGGAUUCUACCUAGCCGAGUUCUCGAUCUCUUACAAGCCCGUCCGACACGGUCGCCCAGGUAUCGGAGCAACGCACUCGUCUCGCUUCAUUCCUCUCAAGUAGAUCCAAUGCAGCUGGCAGGCCAUGUGCUACUUUUGUUUGACAUCCCUCGCGCUAGCUCGCUUGGAGUGUGGAGAGAUUACAAUGAGGUACACAGCUCCC